AUGGAUUAGCUUCUCAAUAUAAAGUAUAGUGCCAGGUCUUUACAUUUCAGAUCGUCUCCAUGUUCAAAAUAAUCUUUCUAAAGUGAAGAUGAUGUGGAUACAACACUUUCAUUUGAUUUCACUCCAAAACCAAAACCAAAGCCAUUAUAAGGUUUGAGUUCUAUGGCUUCGCCAUUUGACAAUGAGGAUAGUGAAAAAAGCAGUUCAAAAGGGGAGUCAGUUCCAAAAACAUUUAGUAACGAUAUUUAUUUGAAUAUUAGUUCCAAAACUAUCACGCUUUAGUACUCAGAGAGUAAUAACUAUGAAUGAAGGCGAUAAAGAUGAAGAACCAGAAGUAAUUGAAAAAGAAAUUAAAUAAAGUUUGAAUAUCCAAUCACAAUAACCAGAUGAAUAAAAUAAAACUAUGGAAGAACAACUUAGAAAGAUUUAAGAGAAAAUAAAAGUUAACCCUAAGUUGAAAUAAAUGAAAUCCAAACCUAUGUCAAUGAAGAGUCUAAAACAAGUUGAAUAAUCAAAGGAGGACAAGUUGAUGGAACACCCAUUUCGUCAUUUGAUAUUCAGUCCAAAAGUAGAUGAGUUAGUAUUCGAAAAACAUUUAAUUGUAACUUAAAGAGGGCUAAUUUAUUCGAGAAAAUGUCUCAAAGGGCCUUCAGAAUAAUUCGUCGAAAAGAAAAAAGUAACCUUAAACAAAAUCAAUCCAAAUAAAGUAAACACAAUAUUCCUUGAUCUUGAUGAAACAUUGAUUCAUGCUUGUCAUUCAAGAGAGACACCAUCCGUUAAGUUGAAAUAAUAAAAUGAUGAUGGAUCUGAAACAGAUGUACAUAUAUAAUUUAAUGUAGGUUGGAAUAAAUAUCAGACCAUAUACAAGCUACUUUUUGCAAGAGUUGGCCUAAUAUUAUACAAUCUAUAUUUAUACAGCUUCGUCUUAAUAGUAUGCCUAAACUAUUGUGAAUUAUCUUGAUCCUCUGAAAUAAUAUAUCAGUGGAAUCCUAUCUAGGGCUAAUUGUAUGGAAACAAAAAAUGGUUUUUUUAUCAAGGACUUGAGAAUCAUAAAGGAUUUAGACUUGGAUAGGUCUCUAAUAAUCGACAACCUUGUUCAUUCUUUCGGUUUGCAGGUUGAGAACGGAAUCCCAAUUUUGGAAUGGCAUGAUAAUUAGGAAGAUUCAGAACUCAAAUAUCUAUUAGAAUAUUUGAUAGAAGCUUCCGAAUAGCCAAAUUUGAAGGAUUUCAAUAUUACUCAUUUGUAAUUAGAUAAUUUAAUAGAUUAUGUCAUUAAGCAAUGA